CACACCUUGUCAUGGAGGUUUUCCUACACCAGGAACUUACUUCUUGAAUGGAUCUCACUAUCCAUUCAAUGGCGAGAGGCCAUGCAUUAUUACAUCGCAUGGUUUUUUUUUCUUCCAGAUUCUUCCAGUAGACGUCUAGAGUUUAACGAGAAGUUUUGGCUCUGAUACAAACAGUGAUGGAAAACAUAUGAGCACUAACAAGCCUUAAUCUCGCUCCUCAGUACUAAAAUGGGAUAAUCUGGAGGAGCCGUUUACUCCAGCAUCACCCAGGGUGCCAGCUGCAGCAGGAGCGCGUGGGGCAGGCUCUCCACAACCCCUUCCCAUCUUCUCUCCUCCAGAGGACCGGACAACAUUGACAUUCUCUUGACCUUCACCCCGGGGAGGGCUGGAUAACGACGCUGUCAAGGACUGCUCUAGCCUGACGAGGUCGGGCGCCUUCUCCGAGAAGACAUGAAGGAAUACGUGCUUCUCCUGCUGCUGGCCUUGGGCUCCGCCAAGCCCCUCUCCAGCCCCUCUUAUCUGACCCUAAAGAAUAUGAUGCUCAAAGACAUGGCGGAUGCGGAGGAUGAGGACGACGAUGAUGACGAGGAGAAUUCUCUCUUUCCAACGCGGCAGCCCCUGAUGCCCUUCUUUCCUUUUGACCUGUUUCCAUCAUGCCCCUUUGGAUGCCAGUGCUACUCGAGGGUGGUCCACUGCUCUGACCUAGGUUUGACAUCGAUCCCAAACAACAUCCCGUUCGAUACGAGACUGAUAGACCUUCAAAACAAUAAAAUCAAGGAGAUCAAAGAGAAUGACUUUAAAGGACUCACUUCCCUUUAUGGCCUCAUGUUAAACAACAAUAAGUUAACCAAGAUCCACCCCAAGGCCUUUCUGCCCGUCAAGAAGCUUCGAAGGCUCUACUUGUCCCAUAACCUGCUCACCGAGAUUCCUACAAACCUUCCCAAGUCACUAGCGGAGCUGAGGAUUCACGAUAACAAAGUGAAAAAAAUACAAAAGGAGACUUUCAAAGGGAUGAAUGCUUUACACGUGUUGGAAAUGAGCGCCAAUCCUCUGGAAAAUGAGGGAAUAGACCCAGCGGCCUUUGAAGGCAUCACCGUCUUUCACAUCAGAAUUGCAGACGCAAAGCUGACCUCCAUCCCCAAAGGCCUCCCAUCAUCUCUACUGGAGCUUCAUUUAGAUGACAACAAAAUUUCCACAGUGGAACUUGAAGAUUUUAAGCGGUACAAAGACCUUCAAAGGCUGGGCCUUGGAAACAACAAGAUCAAAGACAUUGAGAAUGGAAGUCUUGCAAACAUUCCCCACAUACGAGAAAUCCAUUUGGAAAAAAACAAGCUGAAAAAAGUUCCGCCUGGGUUACAGGACCUGAAAUACCUUCAGGUGAUCUUCCUCCAUUACAACAACAUCACCAAAGUUGGAGUCAAUGACUUCUGUCCCACAGUAACAAAGAAGAAGAAAUCCUUAUACAGCGCAAUAAGUCUGUUCAAUAAUCCCAUGAAAUACUGGGAAGUCCAGCCGGCCACCUUCCGGUGUGUGCUAAGCCGAAUGAGUGUCCAGCUGGGGAACUUCAGAAAGUAGUGCUUAGGAAGGAAUCCGCUGACCCGAAAGGCCUCUACAGUGUUGCUUUCAGGAUACUUGAAGUCUGUUAAGGUUGGACAACGCUCACCCCUGGUUAGUCUUUGAUUCGGACGUUGCAAAUACGGCACACAAUUUGACAGGUCCUUCCUUGAUUUACUUGACAAAAAUGACGGCAGAAUUUUACAAAAAUAUUGGUACGCACCAGUAGUUAGGGGGACACAAAUAUUCACCUUAGCUUCUUUUUGCAGAGAUCUUGUCAAAUGACAUGCUUCAAAAUUAAUUUUUUUUUUACUAAAAAUGCCAGAUAAGAGGCAAAGACUUUGCCCUUAUGACUUUUUACUAACCAUUUUUAAAAAGGAGAAUAAUGCAUGCAAAAUGUUUGAAUUCUGUAUAGGCCAAUUCACUAUUAGAAAACAGAAUUGACAAGGACAAUGUCAUCAAGGGCUAUAAACCAGUGUUGCCUUGUUCUACCACUGAUAAAUCAGGAAGUACUGUAAUGUUCUCUGAUGCCACAAGCAGGAUUGGAUAAUAUGAAAGGGAACUCCUCCUGGGCUCACAGCAGGGGACGUCUGAUCCACUAGUCCUCUGACAACCAACAGAGGUCACUGCCACCUGCCAAUCUGCCAGUGAUGAAAGAUGGGCUCGGGCUGGAUCACAUGUUUGUUCUUAGGAUAGUUACAGAACCUAUAUAGAAAAACUAUAUAUGUAGUGAGUUAGUGGGUUUCUAUUAGAGCAAGUCUAUAAUCACCUUCUCCAUUAUACGAGUUAUCUUUGUAUUCUUUUCACGUCAUAUUGCUAGACGAUGUGCAAUUAAUUACACAGUGUAACCUCACUACCUGGGGCAUCUUUGGGGAGAUCUGUCGCCCUCACCUGGUCUGAGGAGCUCAGGUUCUAGACCAUCUGUUUUAUGAUCUAGAACCAAAGAUUCCUUCCAAGUUGAUCAAACUAGGUAGCAUUAAAAGGUAUUUGUUUUAAGAGAUCUGGUAGCAUAUGUAAAAUACACAAAUAUUUAAAGUUUUGUAUAAACAUCAGGACUAUUUUCUAUAUCUCCUUACCUGUAUAUUUAUUAGUGGUAUUCAAGAUAAGUUAAGUAAUAUUUGAGAAUAAGGAAUACAUUAUUAAAGAUGUCUGAUUCAUAUCCAA